GGGGCUACGGGACAAACUGGCUGCUUCUGGUUUCUCAGCAUAAAUACAAAGCGGAGCCGGUGCGAGAGGCAGCGACACGAAGACGAACGGAGCUCCGAGAGGUUUCUUCCCCCACUGAAGAAGAAGUGAGUCAGACUCCAGAGAAGAAGUAGCUUGGACGGCAUGCAAAGUUGUGAAAUUUCGUCUGACAGCACUGAUGAUCCUCUCAGUAGUGGCACUCGUCCGCAGCCUCGAAUAGUAGUGAUCGGCGCCGGCUUGGCCGGACUCGCUGCGACCAAGUUCCUCUUGAAAAACGGCUUCACGGAUGUCACGGUCCUAGAGGCGGCAGACCACAUCGGUGGGAGAGUAAACAGUAUUCAGCACGGUAAAGCAACGUUGGAGCUAGGAGCUACCUGGAUUCAUGGUGCCAAUGGAAACCCAGUCUACCACCUGGCCGAGGACAACGGGCUGCUCGAGGACACCACUGACGGAGAGAGGAGUGUCGGACGCAUCAGCCUGUACGCCAAAAAUGGCGUGGCUCACUACCAGACCAACGCUGGGAAGAGGAUCCCCAAGGACCUGGUCGAAGAGUUCAGUGACCUCUACAAUCAGGUGUACGAGCUGACGCAGGAGUUCUUCCAGAACGGGAAGCCUGUUUGCGCAGAAAGUCAGAACAGCGUCGGCAUCUUCACCCGUGAUGUGGUGCGCAAGAGGAUCAUGUUGGAUCCGGAUGAUUCUGACAGCACCAAGAAACUCAAGCUCUCCAUGCUACAGCAAUACCUCAAGGUGGAGAGCUGUGAAAGCAGCUCACCCAGCAUGGAUGAGGUCUCUCUCAGCGAGUUCGGCGAGUGGACCGAGAUCCCCGGGGCACAUUAUGUCAUCCCUGGAGGUUUCAUGAAGAUCGUGGAGCUCCUGGCCACGGAGAUCCCGUCCAGCACCAUCUGCCUUAACAAACCAGUCCGCUGCAUCCACUGGAACUACUCGGCCAACCGCCAGGAGCAGAAGACCAACGAGAACAACCACAACCACGACAACCCCCGAUGUCGACAGUACGACCAUCGGGGCCAGCCCGUUUACGUGGAGUGUGAGGACGAGGAGUGGAUCGCGGCGGACCAUGUGAUCGUGACGGCGUCGCUGGGUUUGCUGAAGCAGAACCACGAGGCCAUGUUCUCGCCCUCCCUGCCCGAGGACAAGGUGCUUGCCAUCGAGAAGCUGGGCAUCAGCACCACCGACAAGAUAUUCCUGGAGUUCGCCCAGCCCUUCUGGAGCCCCGAGUGCAACAGCAUUCAGUUCGUGUGGGAGGACGAGGCCCAGCUGGAGCAGCCCGUUUACCCUGAGGACCUGUGGUACAAGAAGAUCUGCAGCUUUGAUGUCCUUUACCCUCCUGAGCGCUACGGAUACAUGCUGAGCGGCUGGAUAUGCGGGCAGGAGGCCCUCCACAUGGAGCGCUGCGACGAUGAAACGGUGGCCGAGAUCUGCACGGAGCUGCUGAGGCGAUUUACAGGAAACCCAGACAUUCCCAAACCUCGGAGGAUCCUGCGCUCCUCCUGGGGCAGCAACCCCUACAUCCGAGGCUCCUACUCUUUCACCAGGGUGGGCUCCAGCGGAGGAGACUUCGAGAGGCUGUCCAUGCCACUGCCUUACACCGACAGCACCAAAGCUCCACCCCUGCAGGUCCUGUUUGCCGGAGAAGCCACCCACAGAAAAUACUAUUCCACUACCCAUGGUGCUUUGCUGUCAGGACAACGGGAGGCCACUCGCCUGAUAGAACUGUACCAGGACUUGCACGACACCACAAAGCCUAAUGUGUAAACUAAAACCUCUAACUGGGUCUCAAACUGAUCCACUGAAGGGCCGCAGUGGUUGCAGGUCUUUGUUCCAACCAAUCAGGAGCUUCUCACCAUUCAAGUGUCCGUAAACACUUCGGCCCUCUGAGGACCGGUCGGAGACCCCUUUUAACCUGAAUAUCUGUUUGAGUGACUCUGGUGGCUACACAGGUAGCAAGGGCAUUACUCCGCUGAGGACGACGGAACUGUGUGUACAGUAGUGUAGCUCAGUCUUAUGUUGUUGCAGAUGUACAGUUCAACGUUGCCAAUGGUGCUGUGGUCUCAUGUCACUGUGGUUCACGUGUCGAUAAUUCCAAUAACAACUGUAAUUUAACUUGGUUUUUGUAAGUGCCUUCUGUAAGUAUUAAUAUUGUUAUUUUAAACUCAAUACUAAAAUGAUGUUUAAACUGAAUAAAACAGUUUUGUUGCUACAGCGGUGCCUCCUCAGCCUUCGGAAAAAAAAUGACCAUAAAACAUUUUUUUUUGGCAAUUUAAUCGAUGACGAGUGAAAAUGGUUUCCAUCUAUUGCAGUCGUUGCAGGAGGACGAUCGCUUCCGAUCGAACUCUGUAAUAGUCUUCGACGCUCCCAGAGAGAUGACGCUGCGGCCGCUGGAGCUCGGAGAGCUGAGGUACAUGUUUCAGUUACUAUUCGGAUGAACAGAAGUACAAUCAUUCAUACAGCGAGUAUGUACAGAGGUAAUGAACACGGACCGUUUGUACAAUCGGACAUGAGAGGAAGCGCAUGGCGAGCGGUGGGCCGCCAUUAUUCACCCCUUCAAUUGUGCAUUUUCACCUGUUCCUCUUUUGGUGUUGGUUCCUUAAAGAUCAUGAUCAUUUGUGCUCUACAUGUUGGUUUAUGGUUGAAAGAAAUCAUUUAAAUGAGUGAUUCUUGUCUCCAAAGGGGCCAAACAAACAUGAUGUAUUCAGUAUAUAUUAUAUUCUGCCACCUUAUCGCUGCUCCAGGGUCACAAUGGAAGACAGCUAUCCCAGCUACACAGGGUGAGAGGCAGGCACAGGUUGCCUGUUACUUAGAGAUGGACACAAUUUCAAGUCUUUCUGGGAGGAAAUCCCAGAGCGAACCCUCACAACGUCAGAAUUCCACUUCCAUUUCAUGAUAAAUAAAUGUGCUUUAAUGAAUGAAUGACAUGUGUAUAUCACUUUUAAAACCAAGUGUAUAAUUCUGAUCGCAGCUGAGAUAGGCUCCACCCCUCUGUGACCCUGGCAUGCUGGGAAAGUGGCACAAAAUGUUGAAAUGUAUUUCUUCCCUCAUAUACAGCACAUUUUCAUGUAUAUUAUAUUAUUAUAUGCCAUUAUUAUAUUCAAAAUAAAUAUAUUUACAAAGAAAAUAUACAUUAAGAAUA